GCCAUCCCGGCGUGCCGCAAGUGUGCAGACCUGGGCCAAGAAUGUCUUGGCUACGGCAACCUGUUCCGCUGGGUCGGAGCCGUGGCCUCGCGCGGUAAGAGGGCUGGGCACAAAACUUGGGAAGACAAUCCCGCCGUGGUCAAUCAUUCGUUGUCUUCUCGACCUAACGGCAUCCUGCCAUCGACCUGCUGGUUGCCGCAGUACAGAUCGCCUCACCACGGACCGCCACAAAAUGGAGCCAACCUACCCGCCCUGCAGUCCAACGGUUGGCCAGCACAUCUGUAUGCUCGGCCUUCUCAACUGCAGAGCACACACGCAUCCCCAAUACCAUGGGAACCACCAGCGUUGACGCCAUCUAUGGCCUUGACCAGCCCUGUUGCUCUCGGUAGUCCAGACGACGUCAUGUCAUCGCCUUCGUCGACGACCUCAGCUGAAACUCCUAGCAGCGAUGACAAUGUGAAUUUCGAAUUCUUCAACAGCCUCACGUUGCAUCGCCUCCUCGACCCAACUGUGCAGGACUAUAACUCCUCGACAAGGUACUAUCUGAACUAUUUCUCUGAACGGGUCGCCGCAGACCUUGUGGUCUAUGAUAUCCCAACACAGAACCCAUUCCGCGGUGCGGUACAGAUAUGCCGCCCGCAUGGAUCCCUCCUGCAUGUCAUUGUCGCCUUGUCUGCAGUUCAUCGCGCUUCCUUCUUUCGCUCCCGUGGGCUUCCUACUCAACGGUGCUUGUAUGAUGCACUCUUAGCCAAGCAGGCGGCGCUUACACAGAUCAAGAAGGGCGUCGCCAGCCUGCAAAAUAACAAGGACUCGAGUGAUGUUCUUACAGCCGUAGUCUUCCUUAUCAACUUUGGCCUGAUCGACUCUGGUCGCGACUCGUGGAAGGUGCACAUCGUGGCCGCGGGCAGGCUUAUGAAAAUGCUGCAGCAAAGCUCGACGGUAGCUGAGGACUCAUCUAUAUUGGCACUCAGAGAUUAUGUCAUGUCCGACUGUUUGACAUACUUCAUACUUGGUUCGACUGUCAACUCAUGGGAUGGAACGGGUGCCGAAGAGGUCUAUGGAUCCCUCGACAUCGACUCAAUACUGGAGCGCGCAGAGACCAAUGCUUACCACUCAAUCCCCAGGAAGAUCUUGGCCAUCAUCCUGCGUUCAACACAACUGGCUGCCCAAAUACAGCAGAACGGGGGAAUUGUCUCACGGCAGCAACUCGACGAAGCAAAAGCCCUGACGAGGCUUCUCAAUACUUUCGAUAUCCGCGGCUGGGCCACUCGUAUAUCUACAGCCAGCGGUGGCGCCGCCGACAACCCCGAAUCUCGCGAGCACAUGGCAUCGGCGCACCGAGCAGCAGCAUGCGCCUACCUAUCGAUGGCAGUCCCAGGUUCUCUUCACGGAGAGGAAAAUUUUGCGGCCGACAUCUACACUCACCUGCAGCUCGUGACUGAGGCCGACAUGCUCUUCAAAGGUAGCGUAUGGCCAACCUUUAUAUUGGGCGCGCACACGGCGGACCGGGAGAUCAGGGCUUGGGUUGAACGCCGGCUACAGUCUUUCUGGCUGUCGGCGUGCCCCUGGGGCUAUGUGAAAACCGCACUCGAGAUACUCCAGGCGUUGUGGCUAUUCCAAGAAGGACUUGAUCCUGCACCCUCAAUGGGCUGGGCCUCGCCGCCUGAAAGCGGCAGAUCCAGAAGGUCGAAGAAUUGGCUCUCUCAGCUGAGAAUGCUUGACGUGGAAUAUCUAGUUGUCUAA